CAAUUUUGAAUAGUGAAUUGUAAAAGCGGUUUGUGAAGGAGAUGAAGGACGAGUCAGCUGGGCUGAUUAUUGGGAUUUCUAUUGGGGUGGUGAUUGGAGUGGUCUUGGCAAUAUCUGGAUUCUUUUGCAUUAGAUAUCAUAGGAAGCGUUCUCAGAUUGGGAACAGCAGUUCUAGGAGGGCGGCCACUAUUCCGAUCCGUGCCAAUGGUGUUGACUCUUGCACCAUCCUUUCCGACUCGACAAUUGGGCCAGAAUCUCCUGUGAAAUCCGGGAGGAGUGGGGCGUCGUCGUUCUGGCUCGAUGGAUUCAGGAAGAGUAAUGUGGUUUCAGCGUCCGGAAUACCCGAGUAUUCUUACAAGGAUCUGCAAAAGGCCACCUACAAUUUUACAACUUCAAUAGGACAAGGUGCAUUUGGUCCUGUAUACAAAGCUCAAAUGUCAACGGGUGAGACGGUUGCUGUUAAAGUGCUUGCAACCGAUUCUAAGCAAGGGGAGAAAGAGUUUCAGACUGAGGUUAUGUUAUUAGGGAGGUUGCAUCACAGGAACCUUGUAAAUUUGAUUGGAUAUUGUGCAGAAAAAGGUCAGCAUAUGCUUAUAUACGUCUACAUGAGCAAAGGCAGUUUGGCGUCUCAUUUGUACAGUGAAAACCAUGAACCGUUGAGCUGGGAUUUGAGGGUCAACAUAGCUUUAGAUGUAGCAAGGGGUUUGGAGUAUCUUCAUGAUGGGGCCGUUCCUCCUGUAAUACACCGGGAUAUCAAAUCCUCUAAUAUUCUGCUGGAUCAGUCCAUGAGAGCCAGGGUAGCUGAUUUUGGUCUUUCAAGAGAAGAGAUGGUGAACAAACAUGCAGCGAAUGUAAGGGGCACUUUUGGUUAUCUUGAUCCGGAGUACAUAUCUACAAGGGCUUUCACCAAGAAAAGUGACGUUUACAGCUUUGGAGUUUUGCUCUUUGAACUUAUAGCCGGAAGGAAUCCUCAGCAGGGACUUAUGGAAUAUGUUGAGCUCGCUGCAAUGAACACAGAGGGGAAAGUAGGAUGGGAGGAAAUUGUGGAUUCACGUUUGGAUGGAAAAUUCGACAUGCAAGAGCUCAAUGAAGUGGCAGCCCUUGGAUACAAAUGUGUCAACCGCGUUCCAAGGAAACGGCCUUCCAUGAGGGACAUCGUGCAAGUCCUAACAAGGAUUCUCAAGUCAAGGCACAACAAGAAGCAUCACCACAAUUCCUUAUCAUCCAUGACAGAUGAAGUUACCAUCGACGUCAACCAACCGGAAACCAAUUCUCAAGUCCCUGAUCACCGAAGAGAGGAGUCUAUGGAGAGCACAGCUGACUAUGAAGUUUAGAUGAUGGCGAAUUUUCUUUCUUAUUUUUUUGUGUUCUUCAUUUCUUCAUUUGAUUUUGAAUCUUGGGUUUUCCAUGGUUUUGCCUUCUGAUACAUGUGCAGCUCAAACAAAGGCAUAGGACUCGUUAAGGCUCUCGUUUCUGCUCUGAGUGACGUAGGAUUCAGAUCAGCAAGCUCUCUCUUUAACAUUUUGUGUAACAUAGUUUUGCCACCUUCCUAUUUGUUAGAGUGAUAGAAACAGAGUUUGUACAUUUGGAUACUUUCAUACUCAGAAAUGGAAAAGUG